AUGUUUAUACUGAACAGCCUUAAAGCCGGAGGAGGAGGAGGAGGAGGUGGUGGAGGAGGAAUUGGAAAUGUCCUACAAGGGGCCAUCAGCGGCCUGGCAGGUUCAGGCCAAGGCGGAGGUGGAGGAGCUGCAGGUGGAGCCGGAGGCCCCGGGGGAGGCGGUGGACAAGGAAUGAACAUCCUUGGGGGAAUUCUUGGACUUAUCGGCGAUGCCAUUGCAAGCUACAAGCCGGAGCCUCCCCCUCCUCCAUCCGCCAACGUUUACCAACAAGAAGCCACCGAGAACGACGAGCAGAAGCAGUUCCGUCGCCUCUUCCGGCAGCUGGCUGGGGAGGACAUGGAAGUUGACCCCGCGGAGCUCCAGAACGUCCUGAACAAGGUCGUGGCCAAGCACCAGGACCUGAAGACCGACGGCUUCAGCAUCGACACGUGCCGCAGCAUGGUGGCCGUCAUGGACAGCGAUGGAACGGGCAAGUUGGGCUUCGAGGAGUUCAAGUAUCUCUGGAACAACAUCAAGAAGUGGCAAUGUAUCUACAAACAGUUCGACACGGAGAAGACGGGCUACAUCCCCGCCGCCUCCAUGCCGGCCGCCAUCCAAGCUGCCGGCUUCCAGCUCAACGAACAACUUCACCAGCUGCUGGUCCGCCGCUACGCCGACGAUCGAGGCAACGUGAACUUUGACAGCUUCAUCAGCAGCCUGGUCCGCAUGGACUGCAUGUUCCGGGCCUUCAAAGCCUUGGACCGGGAGGGCAACGGCCAGAUUCAGAUCCGGCUCCCGGAAUGGAUGAAGAUGACCAUCUACUCGUAA